GUGAGGUAGGAAACAUUGUGGAGGCGUACAGACUAGACCGAGAACGUCUGGCCAUCGGACACUAGGAAGCUUCUGACAAUACACUCGGUGGCAUAAUUGCUUGCGGCAAGACGCUAUGUCUCUAAUGACUGGAGCCUGUCGGUCUUGUGCAGCAUCAAGGCUUUGCGCUCGCUCUGCAUCUCCGUUUCGUGUCUCCUUCCAACGACCACUGCGGCAGACGAGAUGCUACUCUCAACCAAGUCACCAAACCUCGACAGGAGAGCGAGAUAGGUCCGCAGUGGGAGUCUUUACUCCCAAAGCAGCAGCUCUCUUUGUCGGAACCGGCCUUGGCUUGUUCUUUUAUUUCCGCUACGAGAAGACCAAGCUCCAGGAACAGCGGCAGAAGGAGCUCGAGGACAAGGAAGUCGGUAGACCAAACGUCGGUGGCCCCUUCACGCUGACCACACACAAAAACACGCCCUUCACCGAGAAGGACCUCCUCGGCAAAUGGAGCCUCAUCUACUUCGGCUUCACAAACUGCCCGGACAUCUGCCCAGAAGAGCUGGACAAAAUGAGCGCAGCGGUUGACGAGCUCGACAAGCAGCACGGCCCCAUCGUGCAGCCCAUAUUCAUCUCCGUCGACCCCGCGCGCGACUCGGUCGCCCAGGUCGCGCGCUACGUCGCCGACUUCCACCCGCGGCUGGUCGGGCUCACGGGCGAAUACGGCGCGGUCAAGGCGACGUGCAAGGCGUAUCGCGUGUACUUCUCGACGCCGCCGGACGCCAAGGCGGACGACGACUACCUCGUGGACCACUCGAUCUUCUUCUACUUCAUGGACCCCGCGGGGCGCUUCGUCGACGCGUUCGGCAAGGCGAGCACUGUGGAGGACGUCGUUGCGCGCGUGCAGAAGGAGAUUGCCGCGUGGGAGGCGCACACGGGGCGGAAGGUGUAG